GAACGUUUUGUUUUGAUACUUUUUAAGGAAGUCGAGAUGAGUUCCUCCGGAACGGAAGAACCGCCUUCGGGCAAGCGACCAAAGCUGAAUCCGGACCAAAGCAAUCCGGAGUCGCACUGCCAGCACUUUGUUCAGCGCAAGAAGCGCUUCUGCAAGAUGACGGUUGCCCGUGGAAAGAGCUACUGCGGUGAGCAUGACGUGCACGCGUCGGAGAACGCCGACCGGAUUCCGUGUCCACUGGAUCCGAAGCACUCGGUGUCGGCGGCCAAGCUCGAGAAGCACCUGAAGAUUUGUAACGCUAAGGAAGCUGAUAGACCGCCGUUCAUUGAACCUGGGGUUAAUGCGCUGUCCGACUACGAGGACGAUCAGGAGGACGUGGCCGCAGGCUUGAAGCUGGCGGAUGUUCCGGACAGCGAACUCAAAACGGCCAUCGAGAAGAUCCUUAAACUGUACGACGAGUCCCGCAUCGGGAUGAUUGACGAACUGCUGAAGGAACAUCCCGCGUUCAAGGAAGAACUCGCCAACAAAUCGUACGGUCCCCAAACCCUCAAACACCUGGUGCAAUCCGCCUCCCUCCUCGGAAUCAUAGAGCACGAGGGAUUCCUACAAAACGAAACCGCUUUCGUUGAAUUCGGCGCCGGCAAGGGCCAAGUCGCCUUCUGGCUCGCCACAAUCCUCCAGCAAUCCGCGCUGACCAACACGAAGGUCCUCCUCGUCGACCGAGCUUCCCACCGCCACAAAAAGGACAACAAAAUCGAAGACCGCGAGCUCAUCCAGCGCGUCCGCGCGGACAUUGCCGACCUCGUCCUCAACAAGCUGGAGCUCGGCGCGAUCCGGAGCGUGGUCGGCGUCGGCAAGCAUCUCUGCGGUGGCGCCACCGAUCUCGCCCUGCGCUGUCUCAUCCACGCCAACCGGCAGUCGCGAGGAUUCGUGUUCGCGCUGUGCUGUCACCAUCGGUGCGACUGGCGCACCUACACCGGCAAGCGGUUCCUGCUGGAAGCCGGACUCGGUCGCAGAGAUUUCGAACUGAUGGUGCGGAUGGUGAGCUGGGCCGUUUGCGGAACCGGGACCAGUCGGGAGAGGAGAAAGGACGUCGUCGGGCACGAUGGCACGGCGAUCAAGUACGGGCUGACCCGGACCCAGCGGGAGGACAUUGGGCGUAAGUGCAAGCGAGUGCUGGACGCUGGCCGGAUACGGUACCUCGAGCGGAACGGGUUCGACGCAGGGUUGAAGUUUUACGCGGCGAGUGAGGUUACGCUGGAGAAUGUUUGUAUGAUUGGACAUGUUAGGAGUAAAGUUUGAGUGGUUUGUGACGAAAAUUUGCCGUUAUUCAAAAUAAUUGCAAAAUAAAAAAAAAUCAUAAA